AUUGAAAAACUAUGAGAAGUUUUUAAGUUUUAAGUUCUUGUGAAUCAUAUGAUCCGAUCUUUCCUUUUCUUCACCAAUUUCUUCUGUUUUUUCACACGCGCUCAAACACAGACACUGCAAAUCCAGAGUAACUCAAGAAGAGAGAGACAUAGAGAGAGAGAUUUCAGAAAAGCUUCCUUUUUUACCUUUCUGUUGAUCGCUUUUGUUUUUCUGUAAAAAGCCAUCUUUUGUGUUGAUCCUUUUUUUUUUUUUACCUCUUAAACAACUUUCUCUGCCAAAGUUUUCUGCAUUUUUUCCGUGACCCUUUUUCUCUUCUGAAAUUUAAUAUCUUGGCCGGUCCAAAAAGUUUUCUUCUUAAUGAGAUAACAAAGUCCAGAAAAAAUAAACAACAAAGAAGACUUCUUCUUCUUCUUUUUUUUUUUCUGGUUGAGAAAUUUUAUUUCUUUUGAGAUGAGAGCAGAUUUAAUUACAAUACAGCAAACGCUGACGCCGGAAGCAGCGACUGUUCUCAACCAGUCGAUUGCGGAGGCGACACGUCGCAAUCAUGGCCACACGACGCCGCUCCACGUGGCGGCCACUCUCUUAUCUUCUUCCUCUGGUUUUCUCCGACAAGCUUGCAUCAAAUCCCACCCAAACUCCUCUCACCCACUCCAGUGUCGAGCUCUCGAGCUCUGUUUCAGCGUCGCUCUCGAACGCCUCCCUACUACCACCACUUCCGUCGCGUCUUCUCCAUCGCAAACGCAGGAGCCGCUGCUUUCAAACGCUCUGACCGCAGCUUUAAAACGCGCUCAGGCUCAUCAGCGGCGCGGUUGCCCGGAGCAGCAGCAGCAACCGCUUUUAGCCGUGAAAGUCGAGCUCGAGCAGCUUAUCAUAUCCAUUCUUGAUGACCCGAGUGUGAGUCGUGUCAUGCGAGAGGCUAGCUUCUCUAGCCCCGCCGUGAAAUCCGCGAUCGAACAGUCGCUUUUCGGUAAUUCCGCUAGUUCGAGACAAUCCGGGUCACCCGGAGUCGUUAACCCGUCUGCAAUUGGGUUCGGUUAUCGACCUGUACAGGUACCGGUUAACCGGAAUCCUUAUCUUAAUCCCCGGUUACAGCAACACGGCGGCUCGGGUCCGCAUAGUGGGGUGAUGCAGAGGAAUGACGAAGCGAAACGGGUCAUCGAGAUAAUGCUCCGUUCCCGGAAAAGAAACCCGGUUCUUGUCGGCGAUUCAGAGCCUCAAAUUUUGGCGAAAGAGAUUCUCGGAAAGAUCGAGAGCGGCGAAUUCUCCGACGGACCGCUUCGCAAUGUCCAGGUGAUCCGUUUAGAGAAGGAAUUAGCCUCUUCGACGAGGUUCGGUGAAAUAUCCGGGUUGGUGGAGACCCGGAUCGGGAAUUCGGAUUUAAACGGCGGCGUUGUUCUCGAUAUCGGCGAUUUGAAAUGGUUAGCGGAACAUCCGGCAACGAACGGCGGAGGCGGAGGAGCUGUGGCGGAGAUGAGGAAGCUUCUGGAGAGAUACAAAGGAAGGUUAUGCUUCAUUGGUACGGCCACUUGUGAGACUUAUCUACGAUGUCAAGUUUAUUACCCUUCAAUGGAGAACGAUUGCGAUCUUCAGGCUAUUCCGAUCGCCGCGAAAUCUCCACUUCCGACGAUCUUCCCCAGGCUCGGGAGCAACAUCAACAACAACAGCAACGCUAUGUUAUUAAGCAGCAGCAACAUUUCAAUGGAAUCGAUAUCUCCGAUGAAAAGCUUUCAGAUUCCGACGGGAAGAAUGAGCUGUUGCUCUCGGUGUCUGCAGAGCUACGAAAACGACGUCGCUAGCUUGGAAAAGUCCUUAACCGGAAAUAACCGGUCUGUCUUGCCACAGUGGCUGCAGAACGCUAAGGCUGACAACGACGGUGACAAGAAACUUACAAAAGAUCAACAGAUUGUGGAACUACAGAAGAAAUGGAACGACUUGUGUUCGCGUUUACAUCCGAAUCCGACUGUGUCCGAAAGUGUUGCUCCUUCUUCGUUACCUAUGAUGAAAUCAAAUACAAGACCAGACAUAAUAACUCCACCAGGUAGUCCGGUCGGGACAGAUUUGGUUCUUGGACGACCAAACAGAGUUUUAUUCUCACCGGAGAACAAGACCAGAGAAACGCGUCUCGAAAAGCUAGGGGAAUCGUUCGAUAUCGAUUUAUUCAAAAAGCUACUAAAGGGCUUAGCGAAAAGCGUUUGGUGGCAGCACGACGCAGCGUCCUCAAUCGCAGCAGCGAUUACCGAAUGCAAACACGGAAACGGGAAAUCAAAGGGCGACAUAUGGUUGAUGUUCACUGGUCCAGACAGAGCCGGAAAGCGCAAAAUGGCGUCUGCGUUAUCGGAUCUUGUCUCCGGAAGCCAACCGAUAACCAUCAGCCUCGGUUCUGGCUCAAGGACGGACGAUGGUCUAAACCUCCGUGGUAAAACGGCCUUGGACAGGUUAGCGGAAACGGUUAGGAGAAAUCCGUUCGCGGUUAUUGUAAUGGAAGACAUCGAUGAAGCGGAUGUAUUGCUGCGUAACAACGUGAAGUUAGCGAUGGAACGAGGGAGAAUCUUGGAUUCGUAUGGACGCGAGGUUAGUCUAGGGAACGUCAUUAUCAUCCUUACCACAAACUCAUCGCUCGGUCCGGAGAAAAACGUUGCUCCUAUCGAUGAGACGAGACUAGAGAGUCUUGUGAGCAAAGGAUGGCAGUUAAGGCUCUCUGUUUGCAGCAGCAGCAGAACGCGAAAACGAAAACCGAAUUGGCUUUAUAGCGACGAUGGCACAACAAAGCAGAGGAAAGAGAUCUGUUUCGAUUUGAACGAAGCGGCUGAGUUCGAUUCAUCGAGCGAUGUAACGGUCGAGCAUGAUCAAGAAGAUAAUAGUAACCUGGUUCACAAGCUAGUGGCUUUAGCAGACGACGCUAUAGUCUUUAGACCGGUUGAUUUCGGUUCGAUCAAGAGCAAGACCGCGGAUUUUUUGAAGAAACGUUUCUCUAACGGUGUUGCGGAUGGAUUAACGGUGGAGAUUGAAGAAGAUGCUCUGGAGAGAAUCGCCGGCGCGAUUUGGCUAAGUAAGAUAAGCUUAGAAGAAUGGAUUGAGGAAGCAAUGGGUUCGAGCUUGAAUAGCGUUAGAGCUCAAGUGUCUUCUUCUGAAGGUUCUGUGAUUAGGAUUGAGCUUGAAGAUGAUAUGAGUGAUAGAAUCUCUGGAGGAUAUCUUCCGAGUAGUAUCAGAACGGUGAUCGUUUGAUUUUUGUUUUUUUUUUACGGUGAGGUGGUAGUUCCGUAAUUAUGAGAAUUGGUGAGGGUACAGAUGUAAAUAUUAUUAUGUCUCAAAAACCGUCUUUGGCGGGAUGGGAAAAGUUCGGUAAAACAUUAAACAGUAGAAAAAUGGACAACGGUUAUAUUAUCAAAAUCAACGGCUGGGAAUAAUUCACAGGCAUUA